AAAUACUUUAAAAAGGAGUGAGUCAGUGCAGCUGCACAUGCCCCAACCUGUGGAUCCACGACUCAGUUCAUGGCCCAUCACGGGGCUGAUAGAGAGACUCAACCGUUUUCUUGUGCCCAUUUUUUUUGAAAAUGAAACAACGACCUGUCACAUGCCACUGUUUGAAGAUCUGAGACGUUGGCUCUUCAGUCGCGAUCAUCCUGACGUUGUCACUAAUGCAACAAGAUCAAAAUACUUUCUGGCAUGGGGAGCCCAGACAUUUACCUGUGGUCAGCAUUACUGGGAGGUGGAUGUGGGGAACUGUCGGAACUGGGCCCUUGGAUUUUGCGAUGAUUCUUGGACAAUGAGGAAUGACAUGGCGCUUGACUCAGAGGGGAUUUUUCUACUCUUUUGUAUCAAAGAGGACAACCAGUGUCGUCUCUUUAGCUCCUCCCCACUGUCACCUCAAUAUGUAGAAAGGCCUCUGGGCCACGUGGGGGUGUUCCUGGAUUAUGAGUGUGGUGUGGUGAGCUUUGUGAAUGUGGCCAAUUGCUCCCUCAUUUGCAGUUUCCUCUCACGUUCCUUCUGUCUUCCUCUCCGACCCUUUCUAUGCUCUGCACCCUCGUGAGGAGGGACAUGUCAGAAAGUGACCGCAAGCGUCAGCUCAGCGAAGUGCCUGCUUGAUGGUCUUCAACGUCUUCCUUUAUCCAACCCAUUGACUAUUUUUAAAGGUUGAUAAUUACAAGCGUAUACAUUUGUUUGCAUUGUAUUUAAAUAAAAACAAUCUCUCUUAGAGGUUGAUGCCAUCUUUA